UCAAUCAUCUCCCAAAAGCGCCGAAGAAGCCGUUCAUCCCGCCGCCGCACAGAGCAACAAACCCAAGCUGGCGGACUGCACGCGAGAACAACUAUCGCUUCCUAAAUAACAUCCUACUGCAGCCCACAUUACAUCUGUGCUUUAAUACUGUGACGCGUUUGAAGACAUUUCGAGCGGAUACAGCGGGAGGAGCAGCAAAACCGCCGUUAUUCAUUGAAAGCCCUUGGUGAAGUCGGACACGCUGAUGGCGGCGACAGUGGAGGAGCUCUACCGUAACUACGGCAUCCUCGCCGACGCGAAAGAGGAUCUCAGCAAACACAAAGAUGCUUAUCAGGUCAUUCUGGAUGGAGUUAAAGGAGGUCCAAAGGAGAAGCGACUGGCUGCGCAGUUCAUUCCCAAAUUUUUCAGCAGUUUUCCAGAGCUGGCCGAUGCAGCCAUCAACGCACAGCUUGAUCUGUGUGAGGAUGAGGAUGUAUCUAUCAGAAGGCAGGCUAUCAAAGAACUGCCCCGUUUCGCAGCAGGAGAGAAUUUACCCAGAGUCGCAGACAUCCUCACACAGCUGCUGCAGACAGAUGAUUCUGCUGAAUUCAGUCAAGUCAGCACAGCUUUGAUCUCUAUAUUCAAAAUUGAUGCAAAAGGAACUUUGGGAGGCUUGUUCAGUCAGAUCCUGCAGGGAGAAGAUAUUGUUCGGGAAAGAGCGAUUAAGUUUCUCUCUACUAAGUUGAAAACAAUGCCGGAUGACACAAUGACAAAAGAGGUGGAGGAUUACAUCUUCACAGAGACAAAAAAGGUCCUAGAGGAUGUGACAGGAGAGGAGUUUGUGCUUCUUGUGCGUAUCCUGUCCGGACUGAAGAGCAUGCAGACUGUGAGCGGGCGGCAGCAGCUGGUGGAGCUGGUGGUGGAGCAGGCAUUUCUGGAGCAGGUGCUAAACCCCACAGAUGCAGACAGCGUCGACCGACUCCUGCAGUGCACACGCCAGGCCUUACCACUCUUUUCUAAAAAUGUGCAUUCCACUCGCUUUGUGACAUACUUCUGUGAAUUUGUUCUGCCCAACCUCAGUCUGCUCACCAGCCCUGUAGCAGAAUUGGACAUCCAGCUGGAGGUACUCAAGUUAUUAGCAGAGAUGAGUCCGUAUUGUGGCGACAUGGACAAACUGGAGGUCAAUCUCAACAUGCUGUUUGAGAAGCUAUUGGAGUUCAUGCCCCUGCCUCCAGAGGAGGAGAACGGAGAGAAUGCUGCCAAUGAAGAGCCCAAGCUGCAGUUCAGCUACGUGGAGUGUCUGCUCUUCAGCUUCCAUCAGCUGGGCAAAAAACUACCUGACUUUCUUAUUGACAAAAUCAGCACAGAGAAGCUGAAGGACUUCAAGAUCAGGUUACAGUACUUUGCACGGGGGCUCCAAGUAUAUAUUCGACAACUGCGUGUUGCUUUGCAAGGCAAGACUGGAGAUACAUUAAAGACAGACGAGAAUAAAAUCAAAGUUGUGGCUUUGAAGAUCACCAACAACAUAAAUGUUUUAAUCAAGGAUCUGUUUCAUAACCCUCCAUCCUAUAAAAGCACAGUCACUCUGUCCUGGAAACCGGUGCAGAAGACAGAGGCAGCAUCAAUCGGCCAGAAGAGGCAGUCAGGAGAAGACAUUGGGGCAACAGCCACAACAAAGAAGCUUCCCACAAAUCUGCCCAGGAGGAACGCCCGACAAAUAUACAAUCCGCCCAGUGGGAAAUACAGCGCCAGCAUUGGGAACUUCUCUUACGAACAACAAGGAGGCUUCAGGGGUGGCCGAGGACGAGGCUUCGGAGGAAGAGGCAACAGAAGCCGAGGCCGGAUUUAUUAAGAGGACUGCAUAUGCUUCUAUACCCAUGCAACUGCAUUACCACAACACAUUAUCUUUGACAGUUUCUCCCGUCUGGUCCUUCCUGCAUCUUACAGCCCUCCAUCCAUCCUUUUUCUCUCCACAUUUUUUCUUAAUUUUGUUCUUGGGUGUGUUUUUGAAAAUCCAUUCUCAGCCUCCUGUCAUUGGUUAUCCCGUUGGUUACAAAUGUGUGGCUUGUUUUUCUUUCUGGAUCAUCUUUGUGGAACAAAAAACUGCCAAGGUGUGUUUUCCUUCCUUUUUUAAAGUUUUUGUAUGGUGACAUGCAUCCUUUGUGUCUUUUCUUUUUUUAACUUUUUAAUUUUUCAGAGUUUUUUGUUGGAUCAAAAAAUCACAGAUUUGUAAGAAGUAAAAAAAUUAUCCUUCUGAAUUUUCUCAAA